UCGUUGCCAUCUUCGUUUCCAUUGAACACAGCACAGCUAUUAGUAAUUAUCUCUUUAUUUCCCUUUUUUAUCUUGUUCCAUUUGGAACAAAUUUAUUUUCCUGUAUGAUUUUUCUUUUGCUGCAUUCAUGAAUCUCGUGAUGUGCUUUGGAUCGUUCUUAAAAUUUGAGAACUGCUUUCAAAUGCGUGUAUUAUGAUCAGGAGAUGGAGCAAUUUCGUCACAUUGGGGAGGUACUAGGGAGCAUGAAAACUCUAAUGGUUUUCAGAGACAAUAUCCAAAUCAACCAGCGGCAGUGCUGUCUGUUGCUUGAUAUCUUCAGCUUCGCUUACGAAACAAUAGCAGAGGAGAUGAGACAGAACCUGAGGUUUGAAGAAAAGAACCUGAAAUGGAAAGUUCUUGAGCAGCCUCUGAGAGAACUACACAAAAUUUUCAAAGAAGGAGAAGCAUAUAUUAGACAGUGCUUGGAAACCAAGGAUUGGUGGGCUAAAGCCAUUACCCUCUAUCAGAACACUGACUGCAUUGAAUUUCACAUCCACAACUUGCUUUGUAGCAUUCCCAUUGUCAUCGAAGCGAUUGAGACUGCAGGAGAGUUUUCUGGGUGGGAUCAGGGUGAUGUUCAAAAGAAGAGAUUCGUGUAUCUUAGCAAGUAUAGAACAGAAUAUAAAGAUUCCAACCUUUUCCAGUGGAAAUUUGGAAAACAGUACCUCGUGACUCAGGAUUUUUGUGAUCGAUUUGACACAGUUUGGAAGGAAGACAGAUGGAUACUUCUAAACAAGCUCCAGGAAAAGAAAACAUCGUGUUCGAGCACGUAUGAUAAACAACUCAAUGUUCUUCUUUCCACGAACUUAGAUGGGUCAGAGCCUCUGUAUGGAAGACUCUUGCCAAGUUCAAUCCUUUUGAGGUCUAGGGACUACCUGGUGAGGAGACGAUUAGGGGGUGGGAGUCAAUACAAGGUGAUCCAAUGGUUGGGAGAAAGCUUUGCCAUAAGGCAUUUUUUUGGAGAUAUUGAACCUCUUGUUCCGGAGAUUUCAAACCUAUUAUCUCUUUCCCACCCAAAUAUAAUGCACUUUCUUUGUGGGUUCACUGAUGAGGAAAAGAAAGAGUGUUAUCUGCUUAUGGAACUUAUGAACAAAGACCUCUCCAGCUACACCAAAGAGGUUUCUGGCCCAAGGAAACGGAAUCCAUUCUCACUUUCAGCUGCAGUCGAUCUUAUGCUUCAGAUUGCAAGAGGAAUGGAAUAUCUGCAUUCCAAGAAAAUCUACCAUGGAGAUUUGAAUCCUUGUAAGAUUCUUGUCAAAGCAAGAGGCAGCAGCUCAACAGAAGGUAACUGUCAUGCAAAAGUUUCAGGGUUUGGACUAUCCUCCGUUCGAAAUGUCAGCCAAAAAAGCUCUUCAAAUCAAAAUGGAACCCUCCCAUUCAUUUGGUAUGCCCCAGAAGUUCUGGAAGAGCAAGAACAGAAUGGAAGUGCAGAGAGUACCAAGUACACAGAAAAGUCUGAUGUGUACAGUUUUGGAAUGGUCUGCUUUGAACUUUUAACUGGGAAAGUUCCUUUUGAGGAUAGCCAUCUUCAAGGAGACAAAAUGAGUAGGAACAUUAGGGCAGGAGAGAGACCUCUUUUCCCAUACUAUUCACCAAAAUACUUGACCAAUUUGACAAAGAGAUGUUGGCAUUCCGAUCCAAACCAACGGCUAAGUUUCUCAUCCAUCUGUAGGAUUCUUCGUUAUGUAAAACGGUUCCUUGCACUGAAUCCUGAUUACAGUAGCCAGCAAGAUCCACCAACACCAAUGGUAGAUUACAUUGACAUCGAGUCUGGACUCUUGAGGAAGUUCUCUUCAAUGGGAUGCCCUGAUCCAUUGCCAACAUCACAAGUCCCAUUUCAGAUGUUUGUUUACAGAGUUGAGGAGAAAGAGAAAACAAAUUCAAACCUAAAAGAAAAUUCGGAAUCAGGAAGUGAUGGAGCUUCAGCUUGUGGGGAUGAAAAUAUGCUAAUGAUGGACGACCAAAUCUUCUCACCUGCAAAUGAAAGGAAGUCUUUAGCUUCACCUGAAAGGAUGAACAAGAGAAACUCGUUGCCAAACAGAUCUCCAGAUUUUAAAGUAAAUAGACAACAAGGAACACCAAAAGGACGAGUAAGACCUCCACAAAUAACCCCUUGUGGGCGUAGUAUGAGAAUGAGUUCAGAAAGCCAGCUAAUAUUGAUGAGUCCAGUGUCGAGUAAAAGAAUACCCAGAUCACCUUCUGGUCAUGCCUCAGAUUCCGAACUCUCCUAGCUAGCUAGACUUCGAUGCCACCAAAUCAUCUAUUCGAUCUCACUCGUAAUUAAGUUCCAGAAAUCUGGGAUAUCUAGCUCAGAAAUAUAGACAAAGAUAUAAACAGUUGAAAUGGCAUGAAAAGAUUCAUGGAGCUGACCCAAGCAAUUCAAAUAAUGAGAAAAUGCCAUUGUUCUCGCAAAGGAACCAUUUAUCUUUUGACAAAAAAUGAAAAAGGAAAAAUAUUGAAUUUUUGUUGCAACAAAUUUUUUGUGACAAAAACGACUUUCUAGGAUGGUUUUUAUUUUCUCUUUUGGAUCCAUCACAGAAGAUCAAUAUAUUUAGUGAUGGUGUUCACUGAACGUUCGUGGCUGUGACACAUCCGUACCAUCACUUAGGGCUACUAUCCAUCUGGCUAGGUUUGAUAAAUUCAAAGUUAUUAUGAGGAUUGCGGGUAUUGAAUGCAAGAAGGGGUUGUGAUGGAAUUCAACUUUGUUGAUGAAGACGGCUCAAUAGUAUAAAAGGCCUCUGACUUAUUGGGGUGGCCUAGGGAUGAUGAUUGGGAUGUAGUUCCCUUUUUGUAGAAUUUUGUAGGCUUUUCUACAAAGUCACAAGCACCAUUUCUAGGUCUUUGUACGUUAUAUCUAAUGAAUAUUGUCAACAUGACAGGUGAAAAAACAGUUGGGUGAAACGUACGAGAGUGAGGAAAGUAGGCUACGGGAUAUGGGAAUGAACAUGAAGACUAAGGGAAUGCUUGGAGAAUGA